UCUCGGCAGCUCCCGACUUCCAGCCCUUCCUGGACCACGGCGAGCCGUGCAUAGAGGUGGAGUGCGGCGACAACCGAGCGCUGCUCUAUGUGCAUAAGCUUUGCCAGGGGAGCAAGGGCCCCUCCAUCCGCUACCGCGGCGAGUGGCUCACCCCCAACGAGUUCCAAUUCGUCAGCGGCCGCGAGACAGCCAAGGACUGGAAGCGGAGCAUCCGCCACAAAGGGAAAAGUCUGAAGACCCUUAUGUCCAAAGGCAUCUUACAGGUUCAUCCUCCCAUCUGUGACUGCCCCGGGUGUCGAAUUUCCUCGCCAGUGAACCGGGGUCGCCUGGCUGAGAAGAGGACAAUCCCACUGCCCCCCACCAGGAUCCCAAAGAAGGAGCUGAGCUCGAUUUUCUCAGCCAGUGAUGGGGACAGUGAUGGGAGCAGCCCAGCCCAUGGGCAUCGGCCAGAUGUGAAGCAAGAGGACGACGUGCACAUCAGUAUCAUGAAGAGAAGGGUACACACUCACUGGGAUCUGAACAUCUCCUUCCGAGAGACGUCUUGCAGCCGUGACAGUGACCUCUCUACCAUCAUCUCCAAUCUGCACCAGAGCCGCCACCUCGUUAUGCCUGAGCGCCAAAGCCGCUGUGAAUUCCAGAGAAGCAGCGUCGAGAUUGGCCUGGGUCCAGCAGAUGACCUUUUAGGCAAAAGGCGGGGCUGCUCCCCCAGCAGCGGCGGCAGUGACCGCCCCUCGGAGAAGAAGCCCAGGAGUGAGUCCCCCAAGGAGCCCUCCCCCUCCCCUCUCCGAGAGGAGCCCCCUCCCCAGAUGACCCCGGAGGAACACUACCGAAGGAUGAUGUCCGCCCUCAGUGAGCCGGGCGCCUUUGAGGAACAGCAGCGUCUGUACCAGCUCGCCAGCACCGUGGGCCUGCCUAGCCACAGUGAUCUCUUGAGGCUCAGGCAAGAGGUUGCAGCUGCAGCUGCCGUGAGGAGCCCCGGGGCUUUGGAGCCCCAUCUCCCUUCAUCCUCCAGCAGUUCUACGGGUGCUGGAGUUGGAGGCGGGGCUGGAGGGGGGUCCGGGCAGCGCCGGAAGCAGGGCCUUCCCCCCCACAGGGAGACAGCUGUCACUGGGCACUUCUCAGAUAGGGACCUGACCCAUCCAUCACUGCUGUCGCCCCAGAAUGCCCCCCACAUCGCCCUGGGACCCCACCUCAGACCCCCCUUCCUGGGUGUGCCUUCAGCUCUGUGCCAGACCCCAGGAUAUGGCUUCCUUCAGCCAGCUCAGGCUGAGAUGUUUGCCAGACAGCAAGACAUCCUCCGAAAACAGAGCCUGGCCAGGCUGGAGAUGUCAGCAGAACUACUUAGGCAGAAGGAGUUGGAGACCCUGCACAGGCCUAGGCUGCUGACUGGGGACCCACUGGGGCUGCCCCAGGAACACCCUGCUCUUCGAUCCCAUGAAGGCCCUGAGAGCCACUCCCUGCCCCCCUCCUCUCUACAUGAGGACCUACAGCGCAGGCGUAGUGCCAUGCUGGUGCUGAGGCACAGUUCGGCACCCCUCUUGGCCCUGCCCCCCCACGGAGCCCCCUGCCCGGGCCCAGGCCCCCCAACACCCCCCAGAGAACAAGCCCGGCAGCGUCCUGCUGCCCGAAAAGGGAUCGGAAGGCCUGGAGAGGCCAAGGAAGCCAGUGGUCCGGGAGUCCGGGCCCAGGACAGCCCGGAUGAGUCCAAGGAGUCGGAUGGCGAGGAGGCUCCCCGCCGCACCUGUGAUGGCCCGAAGGACACAACCGGUGGGCCCAGUGGCGAUUCUCCAGGGCAUGGCCUGGGAGGCAGGGCUGAGGGGAAGGGACCCCUCCUGGGUGCCCAUUGCCCCCCCCCUCUGCCUCUGAGCCUCCCUUACGCCAUAAGCCCCUACUUUCACGCAGGCACCAUGGGGGGACUGUUCUUGGACAGUGGGGAGGAGACUGUGGGCCCUGAAGACGUCAGCAAGUGGACAGUGGAUGACGUGUGCACUUUCGUGGGUGGCCUGGCUGGCUGUGGAGAGUAUGCUCCGGUAUUCAGAGAACAGGCCAUCGAUGGGGAGACACUGCCCCUGCUGACCGAAGAGCACCUGCUGACUACCAUGGGGCUGAAGCUGGGCCCUGCCCUGAAGAUCCGAUCCCAUGUGGCCAAGCGUGUGGGCAGACUCUUCUACAUGACCAGCUUCCCCGUGGCCCUCCCUCUGCAGGCCCCAGGCCUUCGGGGGACAACGGACAGGGAGGUGGAGGGAGAGCGUCAGCCCUCCUCCCCAGCCCACACCGCGUCCCCCUUUGGGGGCAGCUUCUCGGCAAGCAGAGGAUCCCCUAAACAAGAGAACGGUACUCCCUCCCUGCUGGUGGGGAUGGGGGAUGUGCCCAAGACUCCCUCCUAACUCCCCAGGACUGCCUGGCCAAGGGCAGCUGUGGACCACCUCACCCCUGGCCCUGCCAGGCGGGCUGGGGAUCUGGCCCCGGGGGCGUUCCCUGCCUUGCCCAGCUUUGUAUUUUUGAGGCCAAAAAAAAAAAAGGAAGGGGGGGGGAAACCCAGGAAAGCAGGACUGUGAGGCCCAGGAGGAGAGGGGAAAAAUCCAAAGAAUUUCUGGAAGCAGCUUCGAGGGUCUGAAGCAGAGACAAACAGCCAAGCUUGGGGAGGCCGGCUGCCUCCACACCCCCCAGACUGGACUCAGUUCCUGAUUCAGGUGUCUAUGCAUUUCUAGCAACUUCAAACAAUACCAAAGACAGACAAAAGCCACGGCAGAAGUGGGCAGGCUGAGGGAGCUUCUAGGCCUCUAGGGCAGCCGCCGUCUGGCCAGGCUGAGAGGCAGAGGGACUGUGGGCUUGGCCUCCCGGCAAGUGGAGGCACUCAUGUGGAUUGGAGGCCUGAGCUCUGAACUGACAGUACCCCCCUUCCCCCCAAACUGCACGUGCCACCCACUUUUUUCUUAAAUAGACUUCUCGGUACAUUUAAGCUUCUUUAUACUGUAAAGAACAAACCAAUAAAAGCCUGACAUCUGAA